GAGGUGGAGCCUGGGGACGCAAGGGUCGGGGUCAGGGGCGGCCCCGGGGGCGGGCCCAGCUGGCCCGGGAACGUGCGUUUUUAGUGCGCCGCUCUCCCGGCCCCAAGCUCCGACCGGCGGGAAGGACAGCGGGGCCCCGGUCCUGACGGGGAAGGAGCUGGGAAAGGACCCUUUGGGAGGCCCGUGCGGGUUCGCAGGUCCGAGUGAGCCCGGCUGGGAGGAGGCCGAGCCUUUGGGCCGGCACCGACAGGGUUAGAAGCCCACGCGCGCUCGGGCCGGUGGUAACAGCCCGGGCUCCGUGGGGCCAGAGCUCAACCUGGACGACGAAGGAGGGGCUGAGAGCGGGCCGGGGUGUCAGGACCCUGGUGUCCUGGCUUGGAGGUGGGUGGACAGCCAGAGGGCACCAGGGACGAGUCCUUGUGUUGGCCCACACCCUGGCGGGUCUGCAGGGCACCUGGGUCUGCUGGGAUGGGGAGGGGGCUCGAAUUGUGUGAGAUCACAUAGUCGGGGAGAAAGCAGAAGGCCGUUCAUCCCUGGCAGUCCAGGCUAGUCACCAUAGUGCCCCAGCGUGGAGGGACCCGUAUGGCCCUCUGUCACUAGUAGUAAAAAUUCUUUCCAGGAGCCGUCAGGGGAAUUAGGUGGCUGGGAUCUCGGGAGCCCACUGUCUUCUGAAGGAGUGAGCAGGAGGAGGAGCCAGGCUCCCCAGGGGCCGGACUCUGGCAGGAGCUCUGUAGUGGAGAGGAGGAGCCUGGCAGCAGGUGGUGGUCAGUCCUGCCACACAGCCACACUCAGAGCUGGGUUCCUACAGGACAGGGCUGGCACUGCCCCGGCCUGUGCUGUGUGACCUCAGCUGGCCUUCGCCACUAGGGGCUUGUUUCUCAGCAGUGUGGAGCCUAAUCCUGUUACCAGGCGUGAGUGAGCUAGUAUGUGCCAGCCCCGUGCUGGACUUAAUAUGGCUGACAAAUGCUAGAGCUCACCACGUUCGUGCUGCUGGGGACUUCAAGGUCAUUUCAGUGGACUGCGCCCACCUGAAUUUAGCUCAGAACUUGGCCAGAUAGGACAGUCACGGUUCUGGCUGCGGGUGACCUGGCCAGCCGACUCCGGUAUCCGGGUAUCUGACGGGUGAGCGCGUUCCACGCACAAUGCUAUGAGUGGGGCAGCCGGCUCCCGUGAGUGGCCUGAGCAGGUGCCCCGAGCCGACCAGUGUUCAGCUGGUGGGAGCGGUCACAGUCAGUAUGUCAGGUUUUCGAGAAGGUCCUCGUGCAUCCUACCUUUGAUCCGUUCCUGAGUAGAUCGCAGCUGCCUUUGUGCCUGACACACUGGGUCUCGGCAUCCCAGGGCAUCCCAGGGCACUGCAGGGCCUGGCCCAAGCCCCGCAGGCCAGAGCACUACACUGCUGCAUGCCUGCCAGGGUCUCGCGCCGGGGCCUCCUGCCCCAUGGCUCUGCCCACCUCCUGCAGCCGGUGAAGUGGGUGCAGCCGGGGUGCUCCAGGGAGGAGGUCCGGCCAGUCCCGCACUGCUGCUGCUUGUUCCCUGUGCGUGGAGGGACAGAUGGGUCGCACCCUUCUCACGGAGGCCAGAUGGGGCUACCAUGUAGAGCCAUCCAAUUCCGGGAUGGGGCAGGUGCUCCGUGUUGAUGGGGGAAUUAUCCAAUGAUUGUUAAAGCACGCUGAGGGGACUUUAUUCAAGGCCCUCGGGCAGGUACAGGGGCGGGCAAUGGCCGCGGGCCGGGAGGACAUGGGGCCCCACUCAGACCAGUGUGGCCAGCGGGUCUGCGGCUCAGGAGCAGGUGGGCGUGUGUGGAAGGUCUUCAGGGCCAGGGGUUCUGGCUGCACUGACCUGACAGGGUCCCCCUGGGGGGGCAGGCUGAGGGGCCCCGGAUAUGGGGGUGACUGGGGGGUGGGGUUCCAGCUAAGCCGGCAGCAGUUUCCUCCUGGAACAGGGAAGUGCUUGACUUAGGUCAGCCGUGCAGGGGUCUCGGUCACUGGCCAGCAGUCACUCUGUCCCCAACAUGCUUGGGAUGCCAUCACCCACUGGCCUUCCUGGGCCCCCUGCCCAGUGUCCAGUCAGCCUGGUCCUGAGGCCCAGCCUGUCUGCCUCCAACAGUCAAAGCCUGGGGGGGGUGGAGGGAGCACACUUGUUCAAAACCAGACUUAUCAGCCCUGGGGACUGAGGGGUGGUACCCAGGGCGUGCCUAGGUGUCCCCAGCCCUGGGCUCACUGUGACCCGUGUUCUGAGAACGCUGCUGCCGCCCACCCAGCAGGGCCUUCCCAGGUGGUGCCGCUCCGUGUGUGUCCUGCCGGUGGGGUCGGACUCGGGCCACGGUGUGGGGAUGCUGCAGUCCACGGCCCGUCCCAGCCUGGACCGUGGGCCCUGGUCCUGCUCACUGCUGCCAGGCCAGCCUUCACAGGGCAGCUCCCCCCGCCUGGGCUCCCCGUCCCCUGGUGCAGGCCAGAGCAGAUGAGCAGCUGCUGGCUCUGCUGCGGAAGCCAGGGUGGGGCCCCGAGAGCCUUGUGAUCAGGGCAGGGCAGAAAGCGUGUCCACGCACAAGCAGCUGCCUCACAGGGUGGGCGUGGGGUCACCACAGGCCUGGGGCUCAGCCAUCUGUCCUCGGCCUUGCCUGCACCAGCCUGUGUCCAGGCUGUGGCCAUGCGGGGUGCAGGCCCCAAAGCCAGGUGUCCCACGGCCCUACGUACCACAGGGGAGAGCCUCAACGCCAGGUCGCCUGACCUUCCCCGCAACCCAGCGCCAAGUCCCAGGCUUGGCGAGGACGCAACACCGCGGUCAGUGCUAGGGCUGCCGUGACCUUCCUCGUGCCCUGUCCAGGCUUGGCCCUGCCCUCUGCAAGGCUGGGACACGGCCCAUGUGGUAGGAACAGAGGCCGAGGCAGCCCUGCUCCCGGCCCACCCACUUUCUCCAGCCCCACAGGACAGGCUCCCCAAGCAGCCUGCAGAGGCCCACACGCCUGUCCAGAAUCCCCGUGGUGACACUGUUCAGGGACAGAAAACUGGAGAGGGCAGAAGACACGCUGCGGGGCCAUGGCACAGUGAAUCGAGAAUUCCUUGUUACCACGUGGCUCCUAGAGGCGAGUCCAGAUGGAACUCCUGGCACACCGCAGUCCUCCGGCCGCUCGGUGACAGCUCCCAGCCACGCCCACGGCGAGUGCAGCCACACAUAGGACGCACCGCACUGGCCAGGGCGCUCCCCUGAGGCCGCCUGCCCCAGCAGUCGGCGCUGACGCGGGAAUUUGCACCUGCUGCUUCAUCUGGCCCUGGGAAGCCCCGUCCGUGAUCAACCCGUUGAAGAAAUGGAUCUGGGUCAAUUGGACCUGAACCCCAGAAUCCUUGCUGCUGUUCGGAAAGCCAAACUGAAAUCAGUGAGGGAGAUUUUGCACUUUUCUGGACCAGACUUGCAGAGACUGACCGGCCUGUCCAGCCCUGAUGUCCAGCAGCUGCUGAGGGCAUGCUCUGCACAGCUGCGGGGCCACAGCGGUGCUAUCACAGCACUGCACCUGCUUCAGCAGAAGGAGAGGUUCCCUGUGCAGCACCAGCGCCUCAGUCUGGGCUGCCCCGUGCUGGACAGGCUGGCCCGCGGCGGCCUGCCCCUGGAGUGCAUCACCGAGCUGGCCGGCCGCAGCUCAGCGGGCAAGACCCAGCUGGCGCUGCAGCUGUGCCUGGCCGUGCAGUUCCCUUGGCAGCAUGGAGGCCUGGAAGCCGGGGCCGUCUACAUCUGCACGGAGGACGCCUUCCCCGACAGGCGCCUGCAGCAGCUGGUGGCCCAGCAGCCACGUCUGCGCACGGACGUCCCGGAGACGGUGGUCUCGAGGAUCAGGUUCGGCAGCCAGAUCUUCGUGGAGCACGCGGCGGAUGUGGACUCCCUGCUGGAGUGCGUGAGCAGCAAGGUCCCCAUCCUGCUGGCCCGGGGCAUGGCCCGCCUGGUGGUCAUAGACUCGGUGGCAGCGCCGUUCCGCUGUGAAUUUGACAGCCAGGACGCCCCCGCCAGGGCCAGGCGUCUGCAGUCACUGGGGGCCGCACUGCGCAGGCUGAGCGCCACCUUCCGCAGCCCCGUGCUGUGCACCAACCAGGUGACAGAGGCCGUCGAGCAGGGCACAGCUGGGCCGCAGGGUGCUGGGAACUAGCCGGAGCCCGUCCAUCCCUGCGGCCGCCCGGCAAGUCACGCUCAGCCCCACCUGGGUGGUGUGAAUCCAGACCCCACAGACACCAUCCCCCACCCUCAACUCACCUUCCCAGCAAGUCCCAGCGAGGACAUGGGGAACCCCGUGAACUGCGACAGCCUCAGCCCCCCCCCACAGGCUACUGCGGCAGCUGGCACCCAGCCGCGGCAGUCACUGCUGAGGGUGAGAAUGCUCAUCGGAGCCAGACGGUCAGGCCGGUGGCCAGAGGGCGCAGUGCCACUUCUGCCCGUGUGCCUCCAGCUGGGGACCCAGGACUCAUGUCCCCGGCCCCAGCUGCUUCCCCAAGAGCUUUCUCUCUGUGAGCGGUCCUGCGGGGAGUGGACGGGUUUCCGGACACCCAUCAACAUGGCGUGGAGGGAGGUGCCCAGAGCAGCUUUGGGGCCUCCUGCCUGGGUGUGCCUGACAGCAGCUCUGGGGCCCUCGUGCUACCCCACAGUGCCUGCACCGGCUUUUGAGAGAGCCCUGGGACCUGGAGGGGCGCAGCUGUACUCGGGUGCCAGAGGGGCCUGUGCACACCUCUGGGUUCCUGCCCAUCGAGUCAGGCGCAGCCCCAGGGAGACAGCGAGCCGUGGUGUGAGGUGACACGGGAGGCUAUGAGGGACAGAAAUCUGGCUGUGCUAGCAGGACACCAUCACCAGCCCUCGGCCUCUCGUCCACGCUGGGCCCUGGUGGCUGCCCCGGGUCACGGCAUCCCGCCAGCCCAGUGUGACCACGGGCGUGUCAGGGUGGCCAGGAGCACGCAAAAAAAAAUUACCUUUGCUGUGACACUGCCCGUGCUGGUAAAUGACAACCUAAGCCUGACACUGCUCAGGGUGGCCAGCUUCUCGGCUCCCGCUCACUGUGCGGACAGGCCUCUGAGGGGGUGGCAAGGUGGAAUCCCCAUGACUUGUCACCCAGAUUGCAUUCUGCUAACCUAUGGGACAGUCUUAUGGGCUACCCUAAGAAACAAGGCCUUCAGCUUUACUGGAACAUGUCCCCAUCAAAAUCGGUCCCACGUGGGGCCAGCAGGUCCUACGGUUAAGGCGCCGUACUCCCACGUGGCUGGCCAGUCUGAGUCCCAGGCCCAGUGGUCAAAACACCAUGCAUGUGUGCACGCGUGUCCCAAGUCCCGAAAAUGAAGGAGGAAUUGCGGUGUGGCUAUCCCGGGGGGUGGGGGUGAGCUUUGUCUGGUGAGCGUGUGCCCUAUAGCAGAAAUCUACAAGAAACCCCACCCUUACUUCACUAUCAAGCAAAAGGUUUUAGACAACGCGCCCGUCUGUGCCCACUGUGUGGGGGCCACCAGGUCAGCAGCUCACUCCAAGGGUUGGGCAUGGGCCUGGGAGUGCCCUGGGCCUAGAGCGAGGUGGAGACCCUGGGGGCAUCCCCCCAUCUCUGAGCCUCAUCACUCUGAACCGUGGAGUUCCGGUUUCCAGGUCCUUGUUCACAGCCAUAUCCUAAGACAGGAACUGGGAGGAGAUCUUGGUGUCAUGGCAGAAAGGCGGUGGGCUCUCUGGGGGCAAUGCCAGUCCCCAGUGUGCUAAGGCCACUAGGUCCGCGCUCGGGGCCCAGGCCACUUCAAAGGCCCCAGCGGGGGCUAACAGCUGUCACGACCAGGGACAGCAGGCCCAGGCCCUGGGCGGGUCAGUGCCACGUCAGUCUUGAGAACUUUAGCUCUGCGGUCAAGGGCCGGGUCAGGGGUGGCACUCGGGGCUCUGGAGCCUGCUAGGCAGUGACUUAAUCCCUGUGUGGACAAAGCACACCCCACCAGCGCCACGGAGGACGCAGGCACAGCGCUCAGGUCAGCCCAGCACCUGCCCCCUGGACACGCAGGACUGCCGCCCUCCGCCAGGGCCGUCCCUGCCUGGGUCGUGGACAUCCAAGUAGGCUGGGUGGCCAGAAAGCAGCCAACUCCAGGGAAGGGGGCCGGGACACCUGGUCUCCGCCCAGUGAGCUCGCGCUGCUGGGGCUGCUCAGAGCCCGAGACUCGGCCCGGCUCUGGGAGUUGUAAAUGUGAAGGUGAGAGACAGAACAGGACGCGUCUGUGGGGAUGUGGCCGGUCUGACCAGGCGCCAGUGACCUCAGCAUCCAAGCUGCCACUGGUUGGCAGGUCGGGGAGCCCAGAUGCUGGGCGACGCAGUCAGCUGUGACUCAGGAAGGCGGUACCUGGCACAGUGACCGCGGUGGUCGGGCAGUAGGGCCUAACAUGUGUCAAAGGUCACCCGGUCACCUGCUCACCCCAUGGUCACCUGUUAACUGCAUGUUCCCAGCCGGAAGGCUCCAUGACCGCGGCCGGUCACGUGACAUCAGCCUGCAGUCAGACCCAGCGCUCGGCCGGGCAGCCCAGGAGCCAGGCAGUCAGGGCAGGGGCAGAGGCUCCCACUCGGUACGGGUCUCCUGGCCACCCACAUUGGACAGUCCCGGAGCCAAGCAGGCCACGAGAUGGUUAUGGUGGCUCGACACCGCAGUGC